ACAGUCAUGGCAUGUAAACAAAAACUUUUUGUCUAAAAAACUCUUCUGUUUUGUAUUAAUUAUUUACUUUAUCCUUACCUUUAAUCCGUAAAUCCAUAAGAUUUUAAUUUACCUUUAUAAUAAUGAGUAAUAAGGCGGCAAAAGUGGCAGAAUUAUUUACUAAAACCAUGGCAACAACAAGAUGUUUUGAUCAAAACUUACGUAAGGUCAAAGUUGUAUGUUGUACAAAUGGAAAAUUAGUUACUGAAUUUCAAGUAGGGCCUGAACAUCUAAAUCAGAGAGGAACUCUUCAUGGAGGUUUUAUAGCACAUUUAGUUGAUGCCAUAUCUACAUAUGCUUUAACUGCAAAUGAAACAGUUGAAACACGAGGAGUGUCUGUUGAUUUAAGUAUAAGUUAUUUAAAUGCUGCAAGAGAGGGUGAACAUGUGGAAGUGGAGGCUGUCACCAAAAAAUUAGGGAAAAAGAUAGCAUUUCUUGAAGUUGAAGUUAGGAAUAAAACAAAAAAUCAAUUAUUAGCCACAGGGCGUCAUACCAAAUAUAUUGGGGUUUAAAACAAUAAACUUAAUGUGAUAUAGUAGAAUAGUUAACAUAUAAAGUGAAGUUGUGUAGUCAUCAUGUGUAUUUUCAAUCUGAAAUAGCUAUAACUGCUUUGUCCUUGUCUCUCUCAUGUCACUUAUAUGUAUCAAAACUAGGUAAUAUUUUAUGAGUUCAAUCUAUUGUUAGCUUUAUUUAGAUCUAGACAGUUCCUACAAUGUUCAGUCUUCAAUCAGUGCAGUAAUACACAAAACAAUGACUAAGAUAUAUUUAUAAAUAAAUAUUUUGUGUAUGAUA